AUGGAAAGCUCUUCUAGUUUUGUUAACCUGUUAACGAGUCAAGGGGCAGUUGACCUUGACUCAUUAGAAACUCCGGCGUUUAGUACCCAAUCUCCGCAAGAGGCAAGUGUGAAAGAAAGGAGAAAGUGGACUGUCAAGGACGAUUUAGUCCUCAUUGGGGCUUGGCUCAACACCAGCAAAGAUUCAAUUGUCAUUAACGAACAGAAAGGCGCUGCCUUCUGGAAGAGGAUUGUAGAGUAUUACAACUCCAGUCCUCUCCUCGUUGGGAUGGUGCCUAGAGAACUAGGGCAAUGCAAGCAAAGAUGGGCCAGGAUCAAUGAUCUGGUCUGUAAGUUUGCUGGCUGCUACGACACGGCCUUGAGGGAACAGAGAAGCGGGCAAAACGACAAUGACGUGAUGAAGGCUGCGUUGGAUAUCUUCAACAGUGACCACAACAUGAAGUUCAACUUAGAACAUGCGUGGAGGGAGCUUAGGCACGAUGUGAAAUGGUGUUCUACGUAUAUGGAGAAGGACAAGGAUAAGCGCAAGGCAACUCCAGUGCCAGAGCCAGAAGAAAGACCGGUGGGGGUUAAGGCUGCUAAGGCUGCGGGUAAGAGGCACAAAACUGGAAAAGAUGAAGAGUUAAGCAAGCUAGAAGGACUUAUGGAGCUGAAAAAGCAAAUCUCAAAGCAAAGUUUGCUAGAGAGUUUGCUAACCAAACCAGAGCCACUCAAUGAGAUGGAAUUGGCUCUGAAAACGAAACUGUUGUCUGAAUUGUUGUCAUGAGUGAUGGUUUGUUAGUGGUAGUUAUGUUUGCAUUACAAUGUUUGCGUUUUUUCUACUUUACUGACUCAUCUCAAAUGCUUUGUUUCAGGUGAAGUACAAGACAUGUGCCACAUGAAGACAAAUGAUGCUGUUUCAGUCACGGGUGUUUCUUUUUUCCUUGCGCAUGUGAACCAAUUCAGAGGUUCACGGGUUGUAUGUUUAGCUGCGGCUUUCUAUUGUUUUUUUAUAACCAUGUCACGGGUUCUAUGUAACUUUUCGUGCCUUUAUAAGGCAGUGUGUAAUGUUUCAUUUCUUGUACUCUAAACUUGAACCACUCCAUGUAUCAAACGUACGUUUAAGAAUUCUCAACAUUGUCUUUCGCUUGAUAAAGUCUUAAGUCUUCACAUAUCAAGGCUACAAGCCAAAUAUGGGAGAUGAAGUGGAUCGCAGAUUAAAUGCGGCUUUAGAUGAAGCUGUCGAUGAAUAUUUGGAAGAUACAUACAACGACAUCGUAAAGAAGCAAAAAAAGAAAGAGAGAAAACGUGCAUAUGUCGAAAGAAACCGCGAAGAGGGCCAUACCCGUCUAUGGAAUGACUACUUCAGUGAAAAUCCAACAUUUCCGCCUCAUUUAUUCAGACGCCGUUUCCGCAUGAACAAGGACGUUUUCAUGCGUAUUGUCGAUCGUCUCUCAGAAAAUUAUCCUUUCUUCCAACAAAGAAGAGAUGUUGUCGGAAGAUUAGGUCUAUCUCCACUAC